AUGGCCCAUUUUGCCCCUAUUAGGCCUCACACACCAAAACCUUCAAUCUCCACACAUUCAAGCAAAACAACCUAUUUGCCUUCUCCAAGAUUGCUCAAAGUCUUGGCUUGCUCUAAUGUUUCUUAUAAAGAAAAACAUGUCCAAAGGAGGUGUUUAGCAUUGGUUAUGGCAAGUGCAGCCGUGGCAUUGAGCUCCGGCGGUGGAAAUGCGGUGGCUGCUGCCAGGCGGCCACCGCCACCUCCGCCGGAGGAGAAAAAAGACCCGAAUUUGACCGGUUUGACUGCGAAAGUUCUGGCAAGCAAGAAGAGGAAAGAGGCCAUGAAAGACUCCAUUGCCAAGCUGAGAGACAAAGGAAAGCUCAUUCAAGAGCCAUCUCAAUAG